AUGAGAUUGGAGCAUAGUUGUGAGAUUACUUAUUGGCACGCUUGGGAAGCUCGUGAGUUUGCUAUUGCAGCUGCUAGAGGUAUACCAGAUCGCAGUUAUGCUAAAAUGCUAGCAUAUUUGCAUAUGAUUAAAGAAGCUAAUUCUGGUAUGCAUACUCACUAUGAAAGUAAUGAGAAGGGAAGAUUCAUAUAUCUAUUUAUGUCAUUUGAGCAAUCAGUUAGAGGAUUCUACAAUGCAAUGCAAAGAGUGAUUGUUGUUGAUGGAACUUUUCUGAAAAAUAAAUACAAAAGAGUUCUACUUGUUUCUACUGCUGUAGAUGGUAACUCUAAUUUGUAUCCGAUUGCAUUUGGGGUUGUUGAUUCGGAGAAUGACGAUUCAUGGGGGUGGUUCUUCAGACAGUUGAAAGUGGAUAUUGCUGAUUGUCAAGACCUAGCUUUUGUCUCAGAUAGAAAUGCACCUAUUUCUAAAGCGAUUGGGACUGUCUACCCUCAAUCAGCACAUGGAUUUUGCAUUCAUCACUUGUUGACCAAUGUGGUUGCAUUUUUCAAGACAAAAUGGUUGACUGCCUUGGUGGAAAAGGCUUCUCGGGCAUAUUGGUACACUGAAUUUCAGGAACGUAUCACCAAAAUUUUUGAAAUGAGUCAUUGGUGGAAAAGGCUUCUCGGGCAUAUUGGUACACUGAAUUUCAGGAACGUAUCACCAAAAUUUUUGAAAUGA